AUGCUCCGGCGUUUGGCAUAUCGUCGUAGGCUUUUCUACAGUACAAUCUCGAACAAAAUGAGGCCAUCCCGAACCCCUGCUAAUAGAAUCAUUUACCUUCAGACCAAGAAGGUUGGGAAGGCUCCAGACUUAACAUGUGGCGUGUGCCCAGGCCACCUUCGAGGAGUUUGUGCUAUGACACCUACAUUCUUAGGAGAUUGUCUAAAAUUAAAAAAACACAUCAGCAGGGCCGAUGGUGGUUCCGUGUGUGCUAAAUGUGUUGGUGACAGGAUCAAGCAGGCUUUCCUUGUUGAAGAGCAGAAAAUCGUUGUGAAAGUGUUGAAAGCACAAAGCACAGAGUCAGAAAGCUAA